CUAUAUCUUACACCUUUCAGGCAACCCGUAUAUUCACCCUCUAUUCUUGUAUUUCGAGGUAUUGACUACAGCCUUGCUAACAUUCCUGCUACUUAACUUUUCCACGUCUUACUCCGCAGCUAAAUCAUGGCGCCGUCUGCUCAGGCGCACAAGAGGGCUCACAGCCUGCUGCUGUUUGAGAAGCUGCUCAACCUUCGAGACAGCGCCAGUCCGCUCAACCUCAUACUAGAUAACCUCGAACAGAGCGCUCAGCCAUUGCUCCAAGAGUUUAUGAGGAGGGCUAAGAAUGAACGGGCAAAGGUUGUCUUCGUGUCCUUUGCGACAAUAAAAAAGCCCGCUAUCUCGGACGUCUUCAUCAAGGCCCGGGGCAAAUCCCUCAAGGCACUCGCAGCAGACAUAGUUUCUCAUGUCGCGCCUCCGCGAACUAACAGCCAAAACACUCCGGCCAGUACACUUCAGAGAUCUCUAAUCAUAAUCGACACCCUCAACCCCCUCGCCUCUCACUUUGCUCACCUCCUUCACUCCUUCUUCACAUCCAUCAUCACCCACUCCGUCUCUCUCGUCGCAGUCUACCACAUCGACGUCCCUCCCCUCCCUCUCCACCACUUCCAACACUCACCUGUAUCUUUUAUAUCCGUCUCCGAAUACUCUCCCGACCCACUAACCCUCCUCACCCACAUCGCUACGGCCAUCUUCCGCGUCUCAAGCCUCUACCAAGCCAUCGAGUCCCGCCGCGCCCGGGAACGGAGCCUUGCCGAGCCGGAAUGGGGCCUCCGCGAGGGUAGGGAGGGUGUGUUGAUCGGGUUACGAAGAAGCAACGGAAGCGGAAAGGGAGGGGAUAGAAUGAUGAAGAAUGCGGAUGGCGUCGUGGUGGAGAUGGAGAUGCGCAGGCGCAGUGGGCGUGCCGUGGAGGAGCGGUUCGUUUUGGCCCAGAAGGGCGGUUCUGGGUCGAAGGACCGGGAGGUCGGGUGGGGGAUCAUACUGAUGGCAGAUCAUCCUGCUUUUCGCAAGUCGGUUCUUGGUGGUGAUGAUGGGAGCGAGGGAGGGGAGGACGAGGAGGGGGAAGGAGGAAUGCAGGCGACUUUCAAUCUCGGUUUGACGGAGAAGCAGAGGCGGGAUAGGGAGGGGGUGGUGCUGCCCUACUUUGACGCACAGGUCGAGAUCGGCGGUGGAGAAGGGGGGAGGAUUCUGUAUGACAUGGGGAGGGAGGACGAUUUUGAUGAGGAGGACGACGAGAUUUAGGUGAUUUUCAGUUGCUAUAAUUGCCUGAAAACCUAUGUGAAGUUACGGCCCCGAUUCCCUCACCACUUUCUGGAAUAUAUGAUACCUUCUACCCCAGAAUGUCUGACGAAAAUACCUAUCUUUAACUCAAGUGGUUCAACUAUUUUUCACACUUCUCUUUCCUUAGCUUUCUUUUGUG